CAGACCAACUAAAUUAUGAGGAAAACGUAUACCCACAGGUAUGCGUCCACAGUAGCCUGGGGUGUUCGACAUCAGGUACGGCGUGUUUUUAGAGAUCCCAACGCGUGUAACUUGCGCACUAAUAGUACACUCGCACAGUCUGUACAAGAUGUCAGCAGCUUCUUCAGGCGGAAGGUUGGCCCUCAUAUACGAAUCGAUCAGGACCUACUGUCACGUGAUGUGUACAAGUCGGAAAAGUCUCUACCACAACUAGCCUUGCUAUCACUAUCUAUGAGGAAGGCAAUUCAGGAGCGUAAUUGUACACGCCUUAAGAUUUGCGUAGAAACUGGGGAUAUAGAGGCAGCUUCAGCAAUCCUGCAGCAUCUAAUAGAUCUCAGACUCAAUUUCGGGACACCCACAUUGUCAGCGAUGAAACAGGCCACGGAUCUGGGUGCCAGUGCGCAUAUCGGACCGAAACAUCUAGAAAGGUUGACAUAUACUGACACACAGCCGAGAGAUGGUUCUAAUGUCACAGCUGGAAUGGUAGGUGCGCAACACGAUAGUCGGUAUACUGCGGUUGCUCACAAGAACCAUGUCGUCGAUGCUUGGAAAGCGUUGGAACAGACUCUGGAUCCCCACUCAGGAGAAGUAAGACAACAUCCUAACAUAGUUCAGAAAACGAAUACGAUUGCACCUGUGCAGUCCAUAGGCCUAACUGGGGGUCUCCGUGCGCGUGCUAACGGGCAGGAACUGACAGCUUAUAACGAAUACCUGAUACACGCCAUCAGGCGACAAGAGCGGGAUAUGGUGCUGGCGUUAUUGAUAGUUAUGCGAUUAGUGAAGGUGGCGUACGACUUCACCACACAUGAACACAUCCGCACCGCUUGUACUAGCGGACUGUUAGGCAGUGCCCCGGACGCGGAUGCGCGUGUGCCAGAGACCUACACAUACCACACUGAUGCGCAUGUGGAUGGUGGCGAAUGUUUGUCAGACACAACGCACGUGUUGGUGGCGCACGCUCUGAAAUGGGAUCACAGUGCUGUGACGCACGAUCUAAACCCUAAAACCCCGAUCUCCAAUCUCUGGGGUUGGCUGGGUGCGGGUGCUUUUGGUGCAGGGCGGGUUGGUAAGGCCACUAGUGGCGGCGACAAGUGUGUUUAUAUCCCCAGUAAUACGCUUCUUCCAGAGCUGGGGACACUCCUGCGAGCACGAAUGGAGUACGUUUCAAUCACAGAGUCUAAUACAAAGAAUAAUGGGGAGACGAAAGGCGUCGAUAGCAUACUGGUAGAAGCCAUACCGGAUGCCAACCGGGUGUAUGUUAGUACAGAGGCUCUAGCUAAGGCUGCUCGGUGUGGUGUUACGGCACUACGCGAUAGGUACGAGUCUGUUAUCAGAUCCUUUAUGCUCUCCCGGAGUGAGUUAAAAGGGGCCGUGUUGGCCAAGGCAGUGAACCGCGCGUGCGCUCUCGAUACCCUCUCCUUAGAGCAUGACACCACCCCCACUAAGAAUGCACAGUUAAAGGCGGCCCGAAUCGCGCGAGAUAACUUUGAUAAAGCGUAUGAUGGUAUGAUUGGGGGCGCAAGGCAUGUUCUCCUAGCCACGCUGGAGAUGGGGUUGAAGAAGCGUAGUAAGGACAUCGUAUUGGGGUCGUUGCUGAGACUGAUACCCACCAACUCGGACUAUUCUUCGCACGCUUACAAAGCACAGUUGGUCCAUCUCGUGCAUACUCCGGAGCGCAUGGACUUGCUCGAGCCUCACCUCACCACUCUGCAAGCUAGUGAUAUGAUGGCAAACGAGAACGCAAGUCUCGCUGAGAGAUUGCGUAGCAUACAUGCGCGAGCCGUAGACGAGAGCAUGCGCCACCCAAUAGAUAGCGAACUCUACAAUCUCGACCAGCGCACCCAGAAAACUAUCUGUGCAGAGGAGCCUUUGGUAGCUAAGCAACUGAAACAGAGAACACUACGCGGCCAACUAUGGAAAGACUUUGUUCGCAAUGUAGAUAUUGCCAAUGCGAGACCGUCGGUGAGGGUAUCAGAUACGUAUGAGGAGCCUCAUGAGACAGACAAGUCCAUUGUCAGCCAUUUCAAAGCGAUGCAUAGUGGUAGUUUGGGCAAAUGGCUUGCAGCGAAAUUGAAUCUGUGGGCCCCAACUGUGGGUGGCGCUGUAUAUCCGAACACUGGUGAUAACACCGCAGGGGAGAGCGGAAGUGUGCGCGAUGUAGUGACCCGGCAUGCAUGGGCGAGGAAGCAAGUGGCACACGAGUGCGAAACCCUGCUGAAGCGUUGCUUGCGCUUAAUGGACGUGGAUGGGGCGCUGACGGUGGCGCAUCAUAUUGCGGUGAACAAACUGUGGGUUUCAGACGAGAUGAAGGAUUAUAUAGAAACCGCUAGGACCAAGCGGAUGCUGAACUAUCAUGGGAGACUCCAACGUGAGGUGGACGUAAGGAAGGGUAAGGGGCGAGUGAGUGAGCGGGAAAUCGUGCUAUACAACCACAUGAUCGAGUCUGCUACUAUUGUUAGUGCGAAAUGGUGGUGGGAGAGGUUUCCAGAGCAACGGAGGCUAGAUUUACAUGGACAUACUCGGCUUAUGUGUAAUGUUGCCUUCGCCAAGCUGUUGAAUACUAUGUUAAGUAUGUAUAAUGCGCACGUUCUCGAACACACUCGGAGGUAUAAGGCCACUACUCCGUGCAUCUGUGUGCCCGACAUCGCAGUAGGCGCAGAGGCUCACUCGUUGCUUGCCAAUGACAGCAGCCUCGAGGCAUUUUCUACCACAAUCACGGGUGAGAGUGCGCCGCCAUUUAACUGUAGAGUGGUGCUGAUCACAGGUAAAGGUAGUAAUAGCAGAGAGGGUCCUGUGCUCCGGCCCAAUUUGAUGAGACUGGCCUUGCAACUGAACCCUCCAAUCAAAAUGGUGGAGCUCAGCAGCGCGAGUGUGGAGCUGGUGGCCGACGAUGUGCGCCAAUGGCUGAUAAGGAAUGCUGGGUGAGCAUAAGUACAGUACAAGGGAGUCUGAGUAUGCCAACGCCAGGUAUAGCAUGUAACUUGGCAUGGGAAAGUACAGAAUAUAAGUUAGAUAUAUAGAGCAAGUGUACGGCAUAGACAGUUGGGCUUGUAUUCUGCGAUCUCGUAUUGCUCGGGUGAUCUGACCUGAAUUUCAGGGAACCUCGUUUAUUCAAUUCAUUGGCGUCGUUGGCCUUUGACACCUGUGCAGCCGACUGUGGCCAGUUAUAUAAAUGUCAAGGCAGGCAUAGAACCCCCAAGGAUAUCUCGGAAUUACCGUUGUAUGUAACUUGCUUGCAUUCAGUUCUUCACAGGUGUGUGUCUGGGCGCUCAUGAAGACACGGAACUGUUCACGUACAACAACCAAGAAACAUUUACAGACACAAGGAUGUCGAUUCUUCUGGUCACCCAGUCUAUUGUAAUAAUUGGGGACCUUUGGGAUUAUAACCUACACUCGUGUUACUUACUAAAAGCGUUUGUGAGUAAUGCAAACCCCGUAAGGACUCGUGUAGGAUAUGAGGUUUUUGACAAUAUAUCUAUCGUUAGGUCUAACAAUAGAAAUUUGCGUCAGAGCAUCAACAAACUCACAAGAUAGCUGAAAGCGAACAGUAUCAAUGAACGGCCCAUCUGCUGAAAUGUGUUCCAAAAUGGUAGGUAUAAAGUAUAUUUCUCGUCUCAACUCAGUUCCCGCUGACAAGGGUUUAUAUAAAAGUACGAGAAUGUAUACUGUCCCUCUGGAGAGAGAGAGAGAAAAUGGAGAAAUCAUGCCGUCCCAGGGGU